AUGUCUACCGUUGAUUCUGCUGGAAGAUCUCGCGUAGGAAACGAAAACGCUCCCGCUAAAUCUGGUUCAGAAGAAACCGGUGGCAAGAAAGCUAAACGCGUCGCCAAAGUUGGAGCCAAGAGCUCUUCAAAAGUCACCAAAAGCGUUAAAGCUGGACUCACUUUUCCGGUUAGUCGUAUGGGUCGUCUUCUAAAGAAAGGUCGUUAUGCCGAACGUGUAGGAGCAGGUGCUCCAGUUUAUUUAGCUGCUGUUGUUGAAUAUUUGACCGCUGAAGUUCUUGAACUUGCUGGUAACGCCGCACGUGACAACAAGAAACAAAGAAUUAUUCCAAGACAUUUGCAGUUGGCUGUACGAAAUGAUGAAGAAUUAAGCAUCUUGUUGAGACAUGUCCAUAUUACUGAGGGUGGUGUACUUCCAAAUAUUCAUUCGGAAUUGCUUCCUAAAAAAAGGGGUGAAAAAUCGAACGCGACAGAGCCCUCUCCGAAGAAAGCAAAAUCGAAGACUAAAUAA